AUGUCAACUCUGGUACACCAACUCGGCGUGCCCGCAAUCGAGAUACCAUCUCCAGCUCCAUCCGACACUUCCACUGCUCUAUCCACUCAGCAGAGCGUGGCUGAAGUUCCCCGUCGAUCAAUACGCGCAGGUCGCUCACCCAAUCGACCUCUUCUGCGGACAGCUUUCCGCAACUUCUCUGGCGUCGCCACAGUUGUAGUCGGGGAAUCAAACAGCAAGAGUCGUACGCAAACGCAGUACCUCGUCCACAAGGAACUGCUCACCGCUGCAUCGCCAUUCUUUGCCGCAGCUCUGAACAGCACUUUCGCAGAAGGUCUCGAUCAAGUCGUCCGCUUACCAGAAGAAAAGCCCGAAUCAUUCGAAUGGUUCCUUCAAUGGCUCUACACCGGGACACUGACAGUCCAACCUUCAACGCCUGAUCAAGUCCACGCCCGCGCAAUGGGCGGCUACCACGCCACCCGAAGUCACAGCCAAACCACACCCCUUCAACCACCGACCCAUCCCGCCCUAAUCGAUCAACAUCUCGACGGUGACCUUCGCAACUCCGCCGGCUCACCAAAAUACUUCCUCCUCCUUGACCUCUACGCCCUCUCCGACCGCCUCCUCACCACUCCCCUUUCAAACCACAUCCUAACAACCCUCGCCCGCUUGUCAGAAAGCACAAAUUCCGUCCCAACCCCUUCAGACACUUGGAUCCUCUACGACACCCUCCCUCCCAACUCCGCUUUACAAAAACUAAUCCUCGACCUCUUCGCCUACAAGAAAACCGACAAGUUACUCGAAACUCACAAAGAUGAUUGGCAUCCCCGUUUCCUACGCGAUCUCGUCGUGAAACUCAAACGACCAGGUCCAGAGGCUAUUGWUCGUCAUCAACUGCCGUGGAUGGGAAGGGGCAUGUGUGAGCGGUAUCAUGACCAUGGGGGUGAGGAGGCUUGCGGUUGA